AUGUUUCAGGAAGCGAUGAAUGUUUAUAGAGUUCAAGAUGGCAAGAUUGGAAUCGAGUCUUCUAUUAUGUUGAACAUUGCAAUGAUUGAGAACGGAAUCAAGCCAAAUGUGGUCACAUUCAGUUCCAUAAUAGAUGCAUGUCAACAGUUGCCAGCAUUGGAGUAUGGAGUUAAUGGUUCUUCGCAAGCCAUUGAGUAUCCAAACGAACAAUCAUCUACAAUGCUUAUUGGUGGUGCUUUUCAGAAUAAGCCGGGGGAGGACCGGAUCUUGGAGAUGUUUCAGCAACUUGCUUCUGAAAAAGCUGGUCAUGUAAAGAAGCUUAGGAGGGGACGACAAGACCUACACUGCAUAUUUUGGCUCUUCCAAAAAAUGCAUGAGCUGCACAUUAAACCAAAUGUCGUCACAUUUUCAGCCAUUUUGAAUGCGUGCAGUCGCUGCAAUUCAUAUGAUGAUGCUGCAAAGCUGUUAGACACGCUGCCCUUGUUUGACAGCCAGGUGUAUGAAGUAACCCAUGGACUGUUGAUGGGUUAUAGGGAACAAGUAUGGUUUACUGCUCAGACUCUAUUCAAUGAACUCAUGCGGAUGGUUCUUCAACUGCGCCCGCGUUUUAUAACGCCCUCACAGAUAUGUUGUGGCACUUUGGUCAGAGACGCGGAGCUCAAAUGGUUGUAA